UCGACAGAGAGUUACUUGUCAAAAAGCUGCCAGUUUCGAAACAACUAAAAUCAAAAUGCGGAAAUUUUUGUCGCGAAAGUCGCCCAAGGAGGAGUCGGAAAAAGCGGACGAUGACCAAUACCACCCAGCAGCCGACGGCAACCCAAAGCCUGCCUCCGCUAAACAAGGAUGUCGUCCGCGAAUAGAUUACCUGGCGUUGCCCAACAGAAGACUGAUUCUGGCUUUGUACAAGGAUCACGCUCACCAUCUGCCUAGGGAAAAGCUGGAAAACGUAGAGCAGCUUCUGCAAGAGCUGUACGCGAUGACGCCCGAGGAAACGGAACGGUAUUUCGCUCACCUCAGACGGCAAAGCGAGGAGAACGCGAAAAGGAAGAACCUGAAAGCUAUGCUUAAGAAAGUGGUUCGGAAAAGGAAAACCGAACGGCAGCGACACCAAGCGUACGAAUUGCUGCGCGAGCUCUUGGUGAAAGGCAUGGAGCACGCUCUGCGGCAUCCCGUACCGCCUCUGGUGUCGGUACGGCUGAGGCACCUCUCCGACAUGAUUUUGGAGCAGCUCAGCGACUUGCGUAACGUCGAGGUUCCGUCCAGACAUAAUCCGGACAACGUGGGUGCGUUCCUGAUUGCAGUAUCCGACUGGAUGGCCGUAGCCAUCGAAAGGAUCUACUACGGAGUUCAGCUGAAGAAAAACCAAGAGCUGGAACAGAUAGAGGACGAGUUUAGAGCCAGACAGGCCCACGUCAAAGACGUAAACCGGAAGGACGUGUCGGAGGCAGAUGGUCAGGAGAGACUGGAGGUGGAAAUUGAUAUAGUUGAGACCGAUGCCGGCGAUGAAACUGAAUAAAUCCCUCUGAGAAAGUGUCGAACGUUAUUU